AUGAUUGUCAGGGUACACCAGGCAAACAAAACUACUAAGGCACUUCAAAUUGACUCGGAAACGACCGCUUUUGACAUGAUUACUGUUUUGUUGGAGAAGAACUUUAUGGCCCACACGACCUCGAAAUUGGCACUUGUCGAAAAGGUUCCAUCUAUGAAGCUUGGUAUGAUUUUCUCCUUCUCAACUCGCCACAAUUUUCAUAAUCUUUUUCGGUUAGCCAUGCUUUCCCCCAUUCUUAAGGCAGACAAUAGUUUUGACUUGCAGUUCUUUUCUUCCGCAUAA